AUGGCCACUUUGCCAGCUCCCCCUUCAGUGGGUGCAGCGGCUGCCAUUAGCUUGUUGGGGGGCAACCCGGGCACGUUUGCAGCUACAGCGCCAGCUGUGCCCGUCACUCCAGCGCCGCCACCAACACGUGAUGACGAUGUGCUUGGGGCUGUGAUGGCCAAAGCCGGCGCGCCGAGCGCACCGCCAUUGCCGCCAACUGCGCCGCCAAGCAUUUCUGCCGACGUGGCAAACACACAUGCAAAGACGGCAGACGGCCAUCUUGUCCGCAUCGAGCAAAGCAGAAACGAUGCCAGUGUGCUUGAGGGUUUCUUGCGCAAGGCAGGAUUUGCUUCUCAGGGUUUUACCUUUGCAGCUUUCUGCCUUGGCCAGCAUGCUCCCGACAGCGCGGUCGAAGGCGAAAGGCGCAAGCGUCGACCUGAGAAGUGCAGCACCUGCCAUGAGCCGUGCCGUGCCGUGUGA